GGCAUUCAAUACCUAGGUACCUACAGGUAAAUAUGAGAUGGUCAAAUUGGUUUCUACCUAUAUCAUAGAUUGUUCAUGCUCAGAAGUUUACAUUGGCUCAAGGUUCAUGUUUUCGUCCUCGUUGGCAUUGUGACCAAUGGUACUUCCCAUGUCUCGUCGUACUCUCCAUGCCAGAAUCCUCGUCGGUGAAUGAAGUAUCUGAUCUAGACUCGAGCCUGGGCACUCAGCGCACACCAACACGCAAAGGGUGCCUUUCGGGGAUACGGAAUUUAUUUGCUGUCCGACCGCAGGAGGAGAAAGGGUUACAGGGCGGGACCGAUCACAGCUCUACUCCACCCUGUUGGGACAUGAACCCCCCCGAGCAUCUCAAAGACCUUCCAAUGUUGCCUCCUGAAGAACCUGCACCUCCCUUACGGCUUGCUGACCGUCGGGAUCAUCUAGAGACGCGGCCCCCCGUAGAGAAGAGGCCCCUCGCCGCGAAAAAGCCGCUAAGACGAAUGAUUAGCUGGUCCGAGGACCAGAUAAACAGGCUGCAAAAGGACAAUAGAGAAUUGCGCCAGAAAAUACUGGAUCAGAAACGGACAGAAGUAGAGAAAGACCAAACAAUCACAUUCCUGACACAGCAGAAUACCCAGUAUCAGCAAGAGAUAGACCGGAGAAACGACGUGACACAAUUCGCGAACAGUAUCAUCGUUGCCGUCCAAGAUUUCCAAGAGUCGCAAUCAAGACAAUCAACCAAGUCGACCGAGUACGGAGACAUCCCUCCAAGCGACGGUAGGGGGAGUGGUACGAUGGGGGAUAUGCUUAGCGAUAUCAUAAGAAUUUACAGCCAGAUAUAGAAGCAGAAAACAGAACUUGUAUGAUAAUGAAUGUUCUUAUUUGGAUUGUUUUGUGUCCGUGGCGGUGAUCACUGCCAAUGACUACUAGGCGUUUUGGUCCGUUCAAUGUUCAACUAAAGUUAUCAUAAUAGUGCAAUCUGACAC